CCCAGGCAUCUGUCUUUCUAGAAUACGAUGCUACAAUAACAUUGUGCCGUAAGAUGUAAGAAACAGCCUCGUCAACCAGGGUUUCUGCAUACCAAGAGACUAAUUUCCUCACUCGCCUGAUCGCCUGCAUUCUCACACACGUCACUACAACCGUCGGGCAACAGUAUCUCGCGACGCCGACAUUGUUGCUCGCUUCAUGCACAUAAUCAGUAAUUAUGCGUCACUAGACUCGAUUGUGACCAUCAGGCCGUCCAGUCUCCUGUUCACACCGCUUUUGUCUGUCGUGUUGAGAAAUCUCUGACACGUCGAGGACACACCAUCGAUGAUGGCAGCCGCGAAUCGCUAUGGGGAACCAACAGUCGACAAAGACUUCAAGGUCGACGACGAUCGUCCAUCGGUCACUCAACAUCUCGGCAUGGGUGAUGAGAAAGCUCAGGCUGAUACCAAUGAAGAUUCGCAAGAUCCUCUGAAUUGGCCGUUAUGGCUCAAGAUCAUGAUCCUUAUCCAAGCAUCACUACUCGCAGCCAUAGGCGGCCUGAAUACCGCUACAAUCAAUCCUGCAUACGGCUUGCUGGCUGAACAAUUUGGUAUCAGCACAGUCAGAGCAUCGUACCAGACAACUGUAUGUAUCGCGCUCAACGGAAUUGCUCCAUGGCUCUGGAUACCAUUGUCCAACAAAUAUGGCAGGCGGCCAGUCUACCUUGGAACCACCUUCCUCGGCUUCGCCUCUGCCCUGGGCUGCUCAUAUGCCCAGUCGUACGGACAACUGAUCGUGGCAAGAGUAUUCAACGGGUUCUUUCCCGUCGCAUUCGCCUUGGGCGCGGCCACUAUUACUGACCUUUUCUCCUACGACCAAAGAGGGAGGGCUAUGGGCUUCUUCACCGUCACCAUGACCACGGGCAGCCACCUCGCACCCAUUGUAGGUGGAUUGCUGGGGCAUUACUGUGGAUGGCGAUGGAUCUUCAAGUUCGUCUCCAUCGUCGAUGCAGUCAUGUUUGUCACUGCGUUUUUCUGCCUCCCUGAAACGCUCUACAUCAGGAAUGUCGCCGCCGCAGCGGAGGUGUCCAGCCCUAGUUCCAGACGCGAAUCAUCACCGCACGCAACUUUCACCCGAACCACCUAUCUUCGGCAUCUACGACUAUAUUCGUCAUUUCCUCAACUCUCCCUGCGGCCAGGUCAAUUCGUCAUACCCGCUCUGAAGAUGGCGAAGUACCCCUCCGUUCUGUUUCCCGCCCUCUACUAUGGCACCAUGUAUGGCUUCGCUUCGAUUCUUCCGGCGGUGACCGUGGCAGCGAUAUUUACCAAAUUCUUUCACUGGACCACACUGACCAUUGGACUCGCGUAUGGUGGCUCGCUCACAAUAGGCGGCAUCCUGGGCGAAUGUGUGUCAGGCUGGGUCGUCGACCGCAUUGUGAAGCGUGGGCGGAAGCAGCUCGGUCGUGACCCAGAACCAGAAGUCAGACUCAAGGCCAUCUGGAUGGGCGAAUUCCUCGUACCGGCUGGUCUUUUGAUCUAUGGGUUUUGUCUACAGUAUCGUACGUCUUGGAUCGCCCCGAUUUUGGGGAUGGGGAUUGCGUGCUUCGGCCUCCAAAUCAUCACGACUACAACGUACACAUACGCCACCGACUGCUACAGGCAGGAAAGUAGCGAAGUGGCGCAGCUUUUCAACUUCAUCCGUCAGGAGAUCGGCAUGACUUUUGCGUUUUACGUGGUCAGGUUGGGCGACGAGAUCGGGUAUCAGUGGACGUUCCUCAUGUUUGCCCUGAUUGGAAGCGUACUGGCAUUCAUCCCCAUGCUCCUUGUCGUCUUGAAAGGCGAAGUGUGGAGAAAGAAGCUGGGAAAACCAGUAGGUGUGAACGCCUUCGACAGCAUGUUCGCGGCAACAAAGGGGGGGAAAGGUCCAAACCAUCACGACGUCUGAUUGACGAUCCAGUAUGGGUCCGUCGAGAGUGUGAGACGUGUGAUACACGAAACAACAUACCAAUUGACGAAAACUCCUCGGCCGAGUAGGAGCUAGUGUGGGCAAGGGUAUGCCGAUCCGAGAUCUCCAAGCUGCAAGGCUGCAAGAUUCGUUUGGGA